UUCCUGGAACAUCUCAAUGAAAUGACCAAAGCUGCAGCAAGGAUGGAAAAACUAAGCAGGGAUCUGACUUUUUCUGAUAUUAUGGCGUAUGAUCCGGAAAAACACAACUGGUACAUCCCUGGUUUGUGGCAGGGAGUCCCGCCCAUGGCGCCAGUGAACCUGGGGUACAGUGAGAGUGUUUAUGAGCUAAAGAAAUACUUGCUUGACUUUAUGAGAAGCCGGACACCUAACAGAAACCCCAGGGACAUCCCCCUGUUUACCAAGUGGGUGAAGAGUCUGUGGAACGCUGUGAAACACGAGAACUUCAUCUUCAGCUUCAGAAACAGCAUGGUAGCUGAGGCCUAUAACCAGCUGUGUCUGAGGUAUUCGGAGUGGGAGUGGGAGCUCCGCAAGGAGAUGCAUCUCUGGGUAUGUGACCAAGAAACGGCGAUUCAGAACCAGCCAUGUAAUGAACUACCUGAUGCCAGGAACUUUAAACAGGAGGCGCAGGAAAAACUGCAGCAAGGGGAAAAGAGGAUUGUGAAGUGUUUACAGAGAUACUUUGAAAGUGGAGCUAGAAACCGACACCUGAUAGAAAAGUACAGAGAAGAUUUUAUCAGAAGCACAAAGAGACUCAAGACGCAACUGGAACAUUACUCAGCCAGCAAGUGUGAAGAUGCGAUUCUUAUUACAAAAAGCUGGCAUAAGAUAGACAAUAUACAGGCCACCUACAAGAGAAUGACAGAAAAGAAAGUCGUCAGCCUUCUGGAAGAUUGCAAGAGAAGAAAACUUACACUGGAGAAGAAGGAACUGGAAGUAGAGUUUGAAACGAUGUGGAAGGAAGCAGUGUCUGAGUUAAAGCUCAUUAGUUUACAGAAACGCCAGGUUUCCCAAGAUCUAGAGUUCCAACUGAGAAAGGACCUAGAGAAUCGAGGGAGCACAGUCAGGCAGAAACUUCAGGAAGCAGGAAAUUUGUGCAGUUACAGGAUUAAAUCUUUCACUGUGGACAAUGAGUAUUUGGAUUUAACGUGUUUCAGGGACAUGAGAGAAUCGGUCACACAGGAAGACUGGCACAAAGUAGAGGAAUUUGCUCGUUCUUUAAUGGACAAGUGCCACCGUUAUAUCGAAGAGAAGGUGAAUUCCAAAGCGGAUUAUGAUGAGACCUAUGGCAGAGAACUGCUGCAGAUGAUCAACAAGAGGCUUCAGCAGGAGAAUGUGCCAAACCUUCACACUAAUGCUUGCUUUGAAGUUGAGCUGAAACUUCAUAUUUUGGGGGAGGCGGCCCAUGCAUUCCAGGAGAUGCAUGAAAACUUUAUCAAAGAAAAUGAUCCCCAGGAACGGCUGGAGAAACUGAAACCUCAGUAUUUGUCCACAUUUGUCCACAGGAAAUCUUCUGCAAACACUUGGAAGGUG